UUACAAAGAGGCAUGCAGACAUUUAGAACUCUGAGCAGACAAACACUUUCAAAAGCUUCAGCAAUCCGCACACCUCCCACACCACGCAUCACCUCCAUCGCUCGACAAGCACAAGCAACAAUGUCCACCACAAACACCUCUCCACCCACCACAAAACUCGGCAACCCCUUGAACAUCCCAAAAUGGUGUGNNCUCGACCAAAACUCGCACCUCCUAAAACCCCCAAUAAACAACUACUGCGUCUACUCGGACCCCAUGACAGUAAUGAUCGUCGGCGGCCCCAACGCACGAACAGACUACCACAUCAACAGCACCCCCGAAUUCUUCUACCAAUACCGUGGCCGCAUGCUGCUAAAGACCGUCGAGCCCUCUGGCAAUUUCAGAGACAUCUACAUUGACGAGGGAGAAAUGUUUUUGCUGCCGGGGAAUACACCACAUAACCCUGUCAGGUUUGCUGAUACGGUGGGGGUGGUGAUUGAGCAGCCGAGACCAGAGGGUGAAGAGGAUAGAUUGAGGUGGUAUUGUGGGAGCUGUGGGGGUGUGGUGCAUGAGGCGAGUUUUGUUUGUACGGAUCUGGGGAGUCAGAUCAAGGAUGCGGUUAAUGCGUUUGGAGAGGAUGAAAAGGCGAGGACGUGUGGAAAGUGUGGUGAGGUUUGUGAUGUAAGGCCAAAGCCAGAGGUUAUGGAGAGGAUGAGGACGGGUCCGCAUGAUGCCUGA